AUGUUCCCAGCACUGGUACCUUCGGGAGCAUCCACCGGGAAAUGGGAAGCAAAAGAGCUUCGUGAUGGAGACAAACAAAAAUGGGGAGGCAAAGGUGUUUUGAAGGCUGUAGAGAAUGUUAACAAGGUGCUUGGACCUGCCCUAGUAAAGUCAGGAAUUGACAUUACGGACCAAGGAAAAGUCGACAAGUUCAUGAUAGAUUUAGAUGGCACAGAAGAUAAGUCCAAGCUGGGAGCAAAUAGUAUUGUUGGCAUUUCAAUGGCAGUAGCUCGUGCUGCAUCUGCCUAUUUAAAGAUUCCCUUGUACAAACACAUAGCCGAACUGGCUGGUUCAAAAGCAAGUAACUGCCUUCCAGUGCCUUCGUUUAACGUCUUGAACGGUGGAACACAUGCCGGUGGAGAUCUUGCCUUUCAAGAAAAAAUGGUAAUGCCAAUUAAAGUUCCCACUUUUUCGGAGGGACUUCGUUGGUGCAGUGAAGUUUACCAUAGUCUGAAAUCGCUGGCCAAGCAAAAGUACGGUGCUUCGACAGGAAACGUAGGAGAUGAAGGAGGAAUUGCUCCUGAUUUAGCAACCGCAGAAGAGGCAUUAGAUUUGAUUAGCGAGGCAAUCGUAAAGGGCGGAUACGAAGGAAAGGUGAGAAUUGGUUUUGAUGUUGCUGCCUCAGAACUAUACGAUGGAAAGAUUUAUGAUUUGGAUUUUAAGAGCGCAAAGCCGAAUCCUGCGAAUCAACUUGAUUACAAAAAACUUUACCAAAAAUACAACCAGCUGAUUGAAAAAUACAAGAUUGUAAAUAUUGAGGAUCCUUUUUCGGAGGAAGACUGGGAGGCAUUUUCGUUUAUAUCGAGCAACACCAAAGUACAAAUCGUGGCAGAUGAUUUGACAGUGACAAAUACAAAGAGACUAUCAAAAGCCAUUCAAGAGAAAUGUGCGAAUGCUCUUCUGGUAAAGAUCAACCAAAUUGGCUCGUUAUCGGAAACCAUUCAUGCUGCCAAUAUGGCAAAGAAAGCCGGCUGGGGUCUGAUGGUCUCGCACCGCUCUGGCGAAACUGACGAUGUUUUUAUUUCCCAUUUAACAAUCGGCUUAGAAGCUGGUCAGAUGAAGUCCGGAGCACCGUGCCGAUCGGAACGACUAGCCAAGUAUAAUGAAUUGUUGCGGAUAGAGGACCGUCUUGGAUCGAAUGCAGUAUAUGCUGGCACCAAUGCCCCCAAAUAUAUUAAGUCCAACGCGCUUUAA